AUGCAGAAGAGCAGUAAAUAUGCACAAACAAAGAAUGCUAAGGUGUCCACGGACUUGUACGACAAGGAGAAAGUUGAUCUUGAGACAAUCAUCGUGGAGGAUGUAUUCAGGCUCCUCCAGUGCAAUGACAAUGGGUCGAUGACGGAGGAGGCACAGCGCCGUCUCGAGCUGUUCGAUCCCAACAAGCUUGAGUUGGAGGAGCAGAAUGCGUUUCUUCAGCACCGUCUCGAACUGUUCAGUCCCAACAAGCUCGAGUCAGAGGAGCAGAAUGUGUUUCUUCAUUUUCUGAGUUUCAUGUGGAACCUGUUGUCCUGGGGUCAUGGAGGCUGCCGCCUUGGUUGCCAUUGCAAUGGUGAACAUCAGCCUCCUGACUGGCAAGAUUUUGUCAGUAUUGUCCUAUUGCUUUUGGUCAAGGUGAAGGUCAAGCGAGAUUGUACCUGGCAGGAGAUCGAGUCUGCUGGACUUGUUCCAGGUAAUAUGGUUUCGUUUAAGCUUGCUGCUCUCACCGGUGAGUCGCUGCCUCAGAGCAAGAAGACCGGCGACCAGUGCUUUUUGUGUUCUACAUGUAAGCAGGGUGAGGCUGAAGGUGUGAUCAUCUUAACCAGUCCUAAUACCUUCUUCGGUUGCACGGUGUUGCUCGUUGGCCAGGAUGAUGACACUACCAGACACUUGCAGAAGAUUCUUGCCCAGAUUGGAUCAUUCUGUCUUGUCAUUAUUGGCAUCUUCCUACUCGCCGAGAUUUUCUGCUUGUACGCUGGCUUCAGUUUCCAGUACUGUUGUGGUCUCAAUAACAUCUUGGUGCUCUUGAUCGGUGAAAUCCCAAUUGCGAUGCCUAUGGUGCUGUCCGUCACCCUUGCUGUCAGUGCUCAGCAGCUUGCAAAGUACAAGGCCAUCAUUAUCUGUAUCACUGCAAUUGAAGAGCUGGCCACUGUCACCAUCUUGUUCUCUGACAAGAUGGGUACCCUCACUGCCAACAAGCUGACCGUUGAUUGCGAGACCAUUUGUACCUACGGUCCUUUCUCUAUUGAUGCCAUCAACACUUGCAUCAUCUUCGCCAUUGGCAAUCCAUCUCGCGCUCGUGCUGGUAUCAAGCUCCUUGACUGCAAGCCUUUCAAUCCCCUCAACAAACGUACUGAGAUCAUGUACCACGAGGAGUCGUCAAACAAGCUCAAGUGUGUCACCAAGGGUAUGACUGGUAUCAUCAUUGAGCUUUGCACGCACAGCAAGACCGAGAAGAUUGAGUUCAGGCCUGAGGCCAACGUUGAGGAGUUGGUGAGUCGUGGUCUCCAUACCUUGGCUGUCAUGUAUGAGGAGUUGGACAGCGAAGAUCCCGAGGGUGAAGGUAAUGCCUUCGAGCUUAUUGGUCUGCUCUCCAUCUUCGACCCUCCCCGUGAUGACAUCAAGCAGACCAUUAACAACACUAUCGCUCUCGAUGUUUGCAUCAAAAUAGUCACGGGUGAUCAGCUCACCAUCACGAAGGAAACUGGUUGUCAUCUCAGUCUCGGUGACCACAUGUAUCUCACUCAGGUCCUCAAGGAUGGUUCCGCACCUGGUAGCAAACACGCACUUCUUGACUAA